AUGUGGAAAAGCAAUGAGACACGUUACCAGAAAGGAGCCAAUCAAGAUGACAAGCACCAUCAUAAAUGCUCGGAUCCUGGAACUAUAGCAAAAGCAAAAAAGAAAAAGCAUGCUGGUAGCAGUACGGUCCGCAAUUCUACCUGUAUUGCUUCGCUGGAGAGAGCUACAGGCCUGCAAUAUGUUCUGGUGUCAGUUGUUGAAAGUAUUGAAUGGUUGAAAAAGCCCAGCUGA